AUGAACCAAGAAACAAAAAGGGCGCUGGCAUGGCUCCGACGACCGGAGCUGCGGCUUGAUUUGGUUUCUCAGCUGCGCCUGUACGGGCUAGCUCAACAGGCGACGCAUGGCAAUGCGACAGCGGCGACGGAAGUUUUGCGAAACACAGCUGGCCGAGCUUGCAGCGCCUGCAGAGUACAGACUCUGAAGAGCCAGAGCUGGCACGCCUGCCACGGUCUGCACCAGGCCGCGGCUGCGAAGCAACUGGUGCAAGAGCUGGCAGCGCGGGACCCUUGCUUUGGAGGUGCCGGAGACUUUGAUCUAUGGCACCUGGUUCGCGGUCUGCUGAAGGCAAAGCUGCCGAAAGCGUCAGCUGCUUCGUCUAAAAUGCCCUUGCCCUUGCUGGCUGCUAUGUUGGCCGCCGUUUGGAUGGCAUCGCGCGGGAGGCAUCAAAGGUUCAAACGGUGUCGCUUGAUGGCUGGGAUUCUUGCAAUGUUGGCAUCGGCCGCCGGUGGCCGCCCCAGUAGCAGUGGGGUCACUGUGAGGGGAAGGAGCGAGUUUCAAAAUUUGGUUUCGGUUCUGAGUUUCAAGGCAGCGUUUCGGAACAUGGCGAGGGAAGCUUCGGAUCAAGACAUGGUCAGUUUCGGCCCCAUGCUGCAGUCGGUUUCAGGCCCGGUAUACAGGAAACACUGUUGA